AUCUGGAACGAUUACAAGCUUCGGUGGAAUCCAGCGGACUAUGGAGGUGCUGAAUUCAUCCGAGUACCAUCUGGCCAGAUCUGGAAGCCAGAUAUUGUUUUAUAUAACAAUGCAGUUGGGGAUUUCCAGGUUGAUGACAAGACAAAGGCCCUAUUAAAAUACACGGGUGAUGUGACCUGGAUACCUCCAGCUAUAUUUAAAAGCUCAUGUAAAAUAGAUGUAACCUACUUCCCAUUUGACUAUCAGAACUGCACCAUGAAGUUUGGUUCCUGGUCUUACGAUAAAGCCAAAAUUGACUUAGUUUUAAUUGGCUCUACAAUGAACCUGAAAGAUUACUGGGAGAGCGGAGAAUGGGCUAUUAUUAAAGCUCCUGGGUAUAAACAUGACAUCAAAUACAACUGCUGCGAAGAGAUAUAUCCAGACAUCACAUAUUCUCUUUACAUUAGGCGUUUACCUCUAUUUUACACUAUCAAUAUGAUUAUUCCAUGUCUGCUGAUUUCAUUUCUGACUGUGUUAGUUUUCUAUUUGCCUUCAGACUGUGGCGAGAAGGUGACGCUCUGUAUAUCAGUCCUUUUAUCUUUAACAGUGUUCCUUCUUGUUAUCACAGAAACCAUACCUUCUACUUCUCUGGUAAUUCCACUUAUUGGGGAAUACCUCCUUUUCACCAUGAUAUUUGUAACUCUAUCUAUUGUCAUUACGGUAUUUGUACUUAACGUGCACUACAGAACACCCAAGACACACACAAUGCCCGUGUGGGUGAGAACCAUUUUCUUGAACUUACUUCCAAGGAUCAUGUUUAUGACAAGGCCUGCCAGUGACGAAGAGAAUAAUCAGAAGCCAAAACCAUUUUUCACUUCUGAGUUUUCAAACUUAAAUUGCUUCAACAGUUCUGAAACCAAAUGCUGCAAGGAUGGCUUUGUAUGUCAAGAUACGGCAUGCAGCUGUUGUCAGUAUCAACGAAUAAAGUUCUCGGAUUUCACUGGCAAUCUCACAAGAAGUUCAAGCUCUGAGUCUGUAGAUCCUCUCUUUUCAUUUUCAGUUCUGUCACCAGAAAUGAGAGAUGCUAUUGAAAGUGUUAAAUACAUUGCAGAAAACAUGAAAAUGCAGAAUGAAGCAAAAGAGAUUCAGGAUGACUGGAAAUACGUUGCCAUGGUAAUCGAUCGAAUUUUUCUAUGGGUUUUCAUCUUGGUAUGUAUUCUAGGAACAGCAGGAUUGUUUUUACAACCUUUGAUGGCUGGAGACGAAAUGUAA